AUGCCACACAUAUCCAUACUAUCAUACAAACUUCUGGUGCUCUCGUGGAUCACAGCUCAGCGGCAACUCAUACACGACAGGACAGCCUCGCGUAUGACAUGGAAUAAUACGUACGACUUUAUAGUGGUGGGCGCCGGGGCUGCGGGUGCUGUGGUGGCCAACAAACUCAGUGAAUGCAAGUCAGUGCGGGUGCUAUUGCUUGAGGCAGGAGGUGCUCAAAGUGCCACAUAUAAUGACAUACCCGGGAUGGUUGACUACAUAUACAGGGAUGGUAUUAAUUAUUGGCCCUAUUAUUCUGAGCCCAGCCCUAACUACGGACAAGGAUACCCUGGUGGUCGGGUUAAGGAGCCGAGGGGUAAAACAUUGGGUGGCAGUACAACACAUAAUAAUUUGGUGUUUAAUCGGGGUAAUUCACGUGAUUAUGACGACUGGGCCAACAUAUACGGUGCUGUCGGUUGGAGUUAUAAGGAUUUGUUGCCAGUGUUUAAGGAAUGGGAGAAUAAUACCGAUCCUUAUAUAGUGGCAAAUAAUCCGGGAUAUCACGGGACCAGUGGACCCAUUCAAGUGUCACAACCCAAAAGAUAUAGGGAAACAGAUAUCAAUGGCGCUAAUCAAGUGGGUUAUAUGUUGCCGCAAUCAUAUGUUACGGGACAGGGGUUUAGGGCGGGAAAUGGUAAUACAUUCGUGGACCCGAACCCACACGAAGAGAAUCUGCAUAUCGUUUGCAAAGCAUUGGUCUCAAGAAUACUAUUCAAUGGGUUGACAGCUAUUGGAGUGGAGUUUAUUAGNCUGUCUAUUGAGCCCAUACGACAAGUGCCGGCCGUAUGGAAAGUGGUGGCCGUAUUAUACUUCAAAUAA